AUGAGCUUCAGCGGUUCCUAUCGGAGGGUUUAUGGCGGUGACUCGCGCCCGAGCGGCGGGUACCGGUCACACUCGGCCUCGCGGCUCCCAUCGUACCGGAGCCGGGGCGCGGGGCCGGGCCCGGAGACCCCGCUCCUGACCAGCGCCGCCGCCGUGGAUCAGCUCCGCCUGAGCCGCACGAGCGAGAAGGAGCAGCUCCAGGGCCUGAACGACCGCUUCGCCGGUUACAUCGAGACGGUUCACAGCCUCGAGCAGCGGAACCGGCGCCUGGAGGCCGAGCUGCUGCUGCUCCGGCAGCGCCAGGCGGAGCCGCGGGGCCGGGCCGCGCUGUAUCAGGCCGAGCUGCGGGAGCUGCGGGGUCGGCUGGCGGCGCUGGGCCACGAGCGCUCGCAGGCGCUGCUGGAGCGGGACGGGCUGGAGGAGGAGCUGCAGGUCCUGCAGGGGCGGCUGGAGCUGGAGCUGCGGCGCCGGGAGGAGGCCGAGGCCGCGCUGCGGGGCUGCAGGAAGGAGCUGGAGGCGGCCACGUUAGCGCGGCUGGAGCUGGAGCGCAAGGCCGAGGCUGUGCUGGAGGAGCUGGGCCUGGUGGAGCGGCUGCACCGGGAGGAGGUGCGGGAGCUGGAGGCGGCGGCGCAGGCGGCGGCCGGGGCGGUGGAGGCGGACGCGGCCGCCGCGGCUAAACCGGACCUGACGGCCGCGCUCCGGGACAUCCGCACCGAGUACGAGAGUCUCGCCGCCCGCAACGCCCAGGCCGCCGACGACUGGUAUCGCGACAAGUUCUCCGACAUGAGCGCGGCGGCCGCCAGACACUGCGAGGCUCUGAGAGCCAACCGGGAGGAGCUGAGCGAGUACCGGCGGCAGCUCCAGGCGCGCAGCAUCGAGGUGGAGUCGGUGCGCGGCGCCGGUCUGUCCCUGGAGCGGCAGCUCGAGGACAUGGAGGAGAGGCACAGCGCCGAGAGAGGCGCCUAUCAGGACAACAUUGCGGAGCUGGAGGCUGAGCUGAGGACCACCAAGACUGAGAUGGCUAGACACCUGCGCGAGUACCAGGACUUGCUCAAUGUGAAGAUGGCUUUAGACAUCGAGAUUGCUGCUUACAGGAAGCUGCUGGAAGGAGAGGAGACGAGGUUCAACACUGGCCCCAGCCUCCCGCUGGUCAACUCGCUUCCUCCCGACCUCCACUCGCUGCCCCAGACACUCCCCAACACCAGCCCCCCCUCGUCCCACAGCUUAGCCGGCAAGGAGAAGGAUUUGCCGCCUAAACCAGCGCCUAAACCGGCCAAACCCAGAGGCGAGGCCUACGAGGAGAUCAUAGAGGAAACCAUCAUCUCCACAAAGAAGGUGGAGAAAGCAGAGCCGAACAACACUCUCAGAGCAGAAAAAAGCAAUGCCACCAAAUAGGUCUCAGUACUUCCCUUCUCCCCACAUGUAGUGAACAAACCUGGCCGCCAUGGGACAGCCUCCCAUCAUGGUGCUAAAUAGGUGCAAUGUGUUGUUGUUGUUGUUGUUGUUCCUGGGCCAAGUGCAGAGUAUCAGUGCUGGCAGCGGCACUGAGGAGAUUGGUGUCUCUCCCUCCCGGAGGGGCUGACUUCCAGCCGCCAACACACCGACACCAAGUGGGUCCCCAAAGAUCAGUGUUGUUCUGGCUCCCCUCCACCGCCCACUGAGGGCUUAACUCUGAGGCCCUGCGAGAGAUGAUGAUGUUGUGUAGAUGUGUAACCAGGAUUUACUGAUGCCUGGAUUCCCACUGCUAAUAAUUUAUUAUUACUAUUAAUAAAUAGUUCUCUAGCAUUG